AUGCUGAACACAGCCCGGCCGCGCCCCCCGGCCCUGCCGCCGCUGCCGCCCGGCGCCCUCCACGGCCUCUACGCCUGGCUGGACGCGCUGCCGCUAAGCCGCCGCAAGCGCCACCUGGCCCGGGACUUUAGUGACGGCGUGAUGCUGGCGGAGGUCGUGAAGCUCUUUCGCCCCCGGCUAGUGGACCUGCACAACUACGUCCCUACCUGCAACACCGGCCAGAAGCGCAGCAACUGGAACGUUCUCAACAGGAAAGUCUUCCACAAGCUGGGUCUCAGUGUCUCAGAGGAAGAGAUCCGAAAGGUGGUCGUCAACACCCCUGGGGCCAUUGAGCCCAUCCUGUGUGCAGUGAGGGACAAGGUGGAGGCCGGCGAGGACCUGCCCGGCACGGCUGGACACGUGGGUACCGUCGCGUGGCCAUGGCCUCUGCUGUGUUGGGAUGCGGGCUUGUUGCCUGCCGAUGAGAGUAAAACCAGGAAGCCUGCGGAGCCCCUUGGCACGCUCUGGGGUGGAGACCCACUGGAGUCAGAGAGCUCCGGAGAAGAUGGGCCACUAUGCAUGCAGAGGUUGCCCAGCCGGGGAGCCCUGGCACCACCUGGACCCUGGGCUGCCGCAGCGGCUGCUGGAAGAAAAGGAGCAGGCGCUGGCAGUCCUGCAGGAGACCGUCAAGGUUCUGCAGAUGAAGGUGGCCAGGCUGGAGCACCUGGUGAAACUGAAGGAUCAGCAGAUCGGAGCGCUCAUGCGACAGGGGGACCAGCCCCGGGGAGGGGGUGCGGGGGCGGCCGGGGUCCUUGGCACAGCGUGCCUGUGACCGCACGUGACGGCCGCUGCCCGGGCCGCCCCACCAAGGUCUCCGCCUGGCAUAAAAGGGCACCGGGCGGCUGCAGUCGCAGAGCCGCGGUCCUCACAGAGCUCUCCACCAUGCUGCCCUGCUCGCCUGCCGCCGGGACCCCAGACCGAGCCCGACCGUGA